AUGGUCGCCGCGGGCGAGCACCACAGCAUGCAAUUGCGUCGCGGGCGAAGAGCCGGGGAAGGAAGCAGCCGCGGCGGCCGAAGCGCCCCGCUCGGCCGGCCGGGCAGAUGGCAGUCGCUUCUUGCGAGGACGUUCUCCGGGAAGCUGUCGUUCUUUUCGGCGUCCAGGAUGACGAUUAGCUCCGAGCUGGGAGAAGUGUCGUCCUCGUCGUCCACGAGGGCGAGAGGGAAGCGUGUGGCCGCCGUUGAUGCCGCCGACGUUCCUGCUAAGGGGAGCGUCCGCCUUGACCGCAUCGGAGGCGGCGGCGGGUCCGGUGCAGAAGCUGGCGCUGCGUCCCGCGAGGUGGCGGCAGCGGCGGACAGGGAGAAGAAGGCAGCUACGCAGCAGGUUCGCACGUAG